UGUACGUGUGUGGCGCUGUUGUUUUUAGGAACUCCGGAAAUCUAGUAUUACGUGAUAAGUUUGCUUCAGUAUUGAUUACUGCGGCGUUCUCGUCAUUCGUGAGGUGUUAUUCCGAUCUAGUUGUAGCAAAUCUCUUAGGACGACAAGGAUCAGUCAUGGUUCAUUUCAACUACCUGAGCGAAGAGGAGCAAACCAAGCUGCGGCAGACUGCUGAAGCUAUUGUUGCUCCUGGUAAAGGAAUCUUGGCUGCAGAUGAAAGCACAUCCACAAUGGGAAAGAGGCUAGCAGGAAUUGGAGUAGAGAACACAGAAGAAAACAGAAGACAGUACCGCCAACUGCUAUUUACUAGUGAUGAAAUAAUGAAAGAGUACAUUAGUGGUGUUAUUCUCUUUCAUGAGACCGUAUACCAGAAGGCUGAUGAUGGAACUCCAUUUGUCCAGAUCCUCAAGAACCGUGGUAUAAUACCAGGUAUCAAAGUGGACAAAGGUGUUGUUCCACUUAUGGGAACAGAUGAGGAGUCUACUACUCAAGGGCUAGAUGACCUGACCAAGCGAUGCCAGGAGUACAGGGAACAGGGAUGUUUGUUUGCUAAAUGGAGAUGUGUUCUUAAAAUCCGAGAACACAAUCCCUCUCCUUUAGCUAUCCUGGAAAAUGCCAACGUACUGGCUCGUUAUGCAACAUGUUGCCAACAAGCUGGCAUUGUACCAAUUGUUGAACCUGAAGUUCUACCUGAUGGGACUCAUGACUUGGAGAGAGCCCAGAAGGUCACAGAGAAAGUUCUUGCUGCAGUUUACAAGGCUUUGAAUGACCAUCACGUUUACCUGGAAGGUACGCUCUUAAAACCCAACAUGGUGACUGCUGGUCAAAGCUGCUCUAUCAAAUACACUCCUCAAGAUGUUGCCAAGGCAACUGUAACUACCCUGCAACGAACACUCCCAGCUGCUGUUCCUGGAGUCACAUUCCUUUCUGGUGGCCAAUCUGAAGAAGAAGCCUCUAUUAAUCUUGAUGCUAUCAAUAAAUAUCCAGGAAAGAAACCUUGGGCUCUGACAUUUAGUUAUGGACGUGCUUUGCAGGCAAGUGCACUAAAGGCUUGGUCUGGAAAGGCUGAGAGUGUAAAAGCUGGGCAAGAAGAAUUCCUCAAAAGAGCUAAGGCCAACAGUGAAGCUGCUCUUGGAAAGUAUACAGGUGGUGUUAGUGGGGCUGCAGCAGAAGAGAUCCUUUUCAUCAAAAACCAUGAAUAUUAAACAAGAGUGAACCAAGAAAUUCUCUUUAGCCCUAGUUUCUCAGUAUGUUACAGAAUUUCCUUUUUCUUGUAAUAGAGGUCUUUUGGUUCAGAUUUUUUGUCUUCUAACCUGAAAUAACCAAGGAUAUGUUUAAAACAGUUAUUCAGAAAGUUUAAUAGAAUUGCAAAAUAAAUUAUCUUUGAGAACAGUAAUUGUUAUAAUAGAACUAUGUAAACUAUGUAGUAUUUCAUGAUAUUGUAGUUCCUUAAAGUACUGUUAAGUUAAAAAUUUGUGUGAUAAAAUGUGUAAUAACUAGCUUGUUUGUAGUUCAAGUUAGGAAGCAAAAUACCUGACCUGUUUUACGAUAAAAGUAAGCCACUCUAAGCAUAUUGUUUUGGAAGCCUUUCUGUGCAUUAAAAAUUAGUAACACCAGA